GUUUUCACCGAUAAACUAGCAUAUUAUCGUUUAGUGUAGAAAGCAAUCUAGCACAAAAGCAUGCAAACGAGUCUUUCAACUCAAGUAGCCAGCCAGCUAGUUAAAACAAUAGCUCGAUCUGUGCUAGUAUAAGCUAGCUAGCUACGUUUACUGGUGCUGCUAGUGUCAAUGUUUAUUUUCAUUAUUAGCGUGCAUAAUAUGAGUUCUAACCAAGCCAGCCAUCCCCAACCGGCUGUGAUAGAUCCGAUCAAACUAGACCUGCUGAGUGAGAUGAUUUCUGACAGUGACAGCGACCUUGAGUCGACCGCCCUCGUCAAGCCUCAACCCAAACGGCGUCGUAUUAUCGACCCCUCGUCUGUUACCACCGUGCCUAUCUACUCUAACAAGGUGAACAGCAGCUUACAGCUGAAUCCAACUGUCUUCGCCUGCGAUGUUAAUGCAGGUGACAAGGCACAGGAGCUCAGUUUGUGGGCCAAGUCUCCACCCUCAAAGAAAAAGAAGCCAAUCAGCAUUUCCUUGAAUGACUCGGAGGAAGAGUCUGAGUCAGAGGACAAAGAUCCGGUAGACAUCCGCUCCCCCUCUCCACCCCCACCUCCAGGCAGCCCUUUUGUCAAAGUAUCCAAUCGGGCCAAUCGAAAGAUUCUAGAGAUCAACAGAAAGCUUAAGGCUGUGGGCUCUCUCCUCUCUCCCGAGGCCAAGGGGCGGUCCGGACGCCGCGGCUCCCCCUCCCCUCCUUUCACCGAGUACGACGAUGAUGAUAUCAUCCUCAUGUCCCCAAACUCCCGGCCCAGGAGCCAGCCCCUCGCCCCCUCCCGAGACCAUAUCCCCCUGACAUCCAGAGAGAUUGCCCUCAAGUUCCGCAGCCGGACAGACCUCUACAAGAUCCCUGUGCUAACCACUGUGCCCCUGAGCAAAGCGGUGGAGCAGCUGUCAGUCAAGCUCAAGGUACCGCCCUCCCGCAUCCUGUUACUGAGGAGAGACAUAGAGCUUCCUGUCCACUCCACAGCCAACGAGCUGGGCCUGGGCAUCGCUGACAUCAUAGACUGCGUCGUCAUAGCAGCGGAUGAUAAACACGAGCCCGAGCAAAGUGGUGACAUGCUCACUGUGCGACUGCAGGCCAAGGAGAAAGGCUCAGCACAGGAAUAUUCCCUACACAAAGAUGCCCCCCUGGGCUCCAUCCUCUCCCAGUAUGUGUCCAGUAUGUCCGUAGAUGCCAGACGCAAGGUGCGCUUCCAGUUUGACGGGUCAAAGGUCGUCCACAGCCAGACGCCCUCCCAGUUGGACAUGGAGGACGGUGAUGUCAUCGAGGUGUGGGUGUGAACACCUGUGGUAUUUUCAUAGAGCAGUGGUCCUCAAACGUCUCCUCUGUGAUCCCCAGACUUUCACAAUUUUGUUGUAGCCCUGAACGAACUCACCUGAUUCACCUAGUCAAGGACUUGAUGAUUAGUUGACCAUUUUAAUCAGGUGUGCUAGCUGUGGAAUAGGUUCUUCAAUAAUGCCACCGUCAAUUUAUGAUUAUUUAUGUGUUUAUUUACAAGAUGUGUUUUGAACCGAUUUUGAAAUAAAAAUGUCUCUGUUCAACUGAA